AUGGCAUCUGAACCAAAAGAACUUAAAAUCGUUCUUGUUGGACAUACAAAUGUCGGCAAGACAUGCAUUGUUCGCCAGGCUACAACAGGCGUUUUCAGUGAAGACAGCGCUCCAACACUUGGCGCUUCUUAUGUUUCGAAAUUAGCUAAUGUUAAUGGAACAGAGGUUCGUCUCCAAAUUUGGGAUACAGCUGGCCAAGAGCGUUACAGAGGUAUGACUCCAAUGUACUAUCGUGGUGCACAGACAGCCUUAAUUGUUUAUUCUGUUACAGACGCCGAAUCAUUCGAGUCAGUUGAUGGAUGGCUUAACUCUCUUCGCGAGAACGCUGAACCCGAUAUCACAUUAUUCCUUCUUGCUAAUAAGUGCGAUUGCGAGGGUGAUCGUGUAGUUUCUGCUGAACAGGGCCAAGAAAAGGCUAAGUCAAUGGGCGCCCACUUCUACGAAGUUUCUGCUAAGACAGGACAAUGCAUCGAAGACGUUUUCACAGAUAUUCCAAAGUACUUCCUUGAAAAUCAAUCACCAGAUACACUUGAUAAGGGCAAUCACGGCGGUGUUUCUCUCGAUCGCCCAACACAAGAAAAGAAGAAGGGCUGCUGCUAA